GCAGAGCCAAGUUUCUAGAGGGCUUGGUUCUCAAGCAACAACACCAAAAGCAAGAAUGGCUUCCAUGGCAUACCCAACUCCCUCCUCUUCCUCCUAUUGCUACAAGAAUCACAACAAACUAAACUCCAUCCCCUCCAUUUCAAAUAUCACCUUUUGUCAGCAGCAGAAGCAGCCUCAUCAGAACGACGACCACAAACCCACCGACCCAGUUGGUCGAAGGGAAAUAAUACUAAGGAGCAGCGAAUUGGCAGUGGUGGGUGCCAUCUUCAACUUCAGUGGUAAAAAGCCAAACUAUCUUGGAGUACAGAAAAACCAACAGGCUUUGGCUCUUUGUCCAGCUACCAAGAAUUGCAUUUCAACUGCUGAGAAUGUCACUGACAUUGUCCAUUAUGCUCCUCCCUGGAACUAUAAUGGAGGACGCAAUAGGAAAAGGCCAGUCAGCAGAGAAGUGGCUAUGGAGGAACUUCUCCAAGUGAUUAAAUCAACAAAACCGGACAAGUUUACGCCGCGGAUUAUGGAGAAAAAAGAUGAUUAUGUUAGAGUGGAAUACCAAUCCUCAAUCUUAGGGUUUGUGGAUGAUGUUGAGUUUUGGUUCCCACCGGACAGAGACUCAAUAGUGGAGUACCGAUCAGCAUCCCGGUUAGGCAACUUUGAUUUUGACAUCAACAGGAAGAGAAUCAAGGCAUUACGACAAGAGUUGGAGAACAAAGGUUGGGCUUCCAAGGACAGCUUUUGAGUAACCUUCGUUGCUGCUACACAAUAAAGAUAGUGGUAUCAAGUGUGCAAUCGACGGUGAAUUGUACCUUCGAAGUUUAUCAAGCAUCCAAGAGAGAUAUUUUACCAAAAUUCACAACGGCUGUAUUGAUUGUAAGGUUCCAAUCAAUUUUUAGUUAUACAUUUCCUAAUAA